AUGACAAAUGACCAUGGAGCUUUUCAACUGGGGCCCCUCAAGGCUCUGGCUCUUUCCCCCAAAAAGGUUUACCUGAACGGUUCCACGGCUCAAGUCUACAACACGGUGUCCACAGGCCAGCGCUCCCCAGUCAAUCCAAACCUGCUGCUCGAUGGAAGUGGGACCCACCUUUAUGUGAUGACAACCUCACAGGUCUCCAAAGUCCCGGUUUCAGAAUGCCCUCACUUCCAGGAUUGUGACUCGUGUCUGCGUGCCCAAGAUCCUUUCUGCGGUUGGUGUGUCCUGCAGAGCAGAUGCACCCGCAAGUUGGAAUGUGAGCGUCAUGAGGUAGCCAGUCUCUGGCUCUGGAGCUACGGAGUGGAGAGCCAAUGUCUGCGGGUGGAACAGAUGUUCCCAGCCAAUCAGAGUAGAGAAGAACGGACAGAGGUCUCCAUGCUAGUUCCAGAGCUCCCUGCCCUGGCUGAGGGGGAAAAUUACCACUGUGCCUUUGGAUCCCAAGACAGCCCCGCCCAGUUAGAGGGCUCCUGGGUUCGCUGCCUUUCUCCAGUUCCCGAGCAGGUGCAGCCCACCGAGGAGGGCAAAGAUCACGUGAAUGUAGUGUUGGCCUUGAUGUUCCGGGAUGUGGUCGUGGCUUCCACAGGGUUCUCCUUCUAUGACUGCCACCUUGCCGUGAAGAAUGGCUUGCUGGCCUUAACUUAGCCGUGUGGAGAAUGUGUUGGCAGUCCGUGGCUCUGCCAUUGGUGCCCGUCCAGUCACCGGUGUGUCCCUGGUGGGCCCUGCCCAAACGGAGAAGGGCCCAUCUACAAUCAGAAGGUACCCACCGAAGACCCCCAGGGUCCUUCAUCAUGCCCCAGUGUGGAGAUAGCUGCCGAGUCCCACUUGAUUCCUGUGGGUCUUGAAAUGCCGCUGAGCCUGCUUGCCUGGAAUCUGCACUUGCUAGGGGGAUCAGAGAGGCUCUCCUGUGUGUUGGAAGUGGAGGGGACCCUGACUGUGGUGCCAGCAUCAUUGGAGGAAGGGGACCGAGGAACCUCGCGUCGUGUGCAGUGUCUGCCCUGGAUGUACAGUUACACCCAGCCCGUCCCAGAACUCAGCGUCUCCCUCUAUGUUUUGGUGGGGGAUGACCAGCGCCUUGAUAGCCGCGGAGACCUGUACGUGAAGCUCUAUAAUUGUUCUGCCACACGUUCCGACUGCAGCCGCUGCAGGGCUGCCCCCAGCCACUUCCGCUGUGUUUGGUGCCUGCUGGGAGAGACACCCAGUUGUGUCUACAAGGAGCAGUGUCCCCCACAAGCCGGUGUGCCAACUUGCCCGUCGCCCGUCAUCCACUCGAUCAGUCCCCUCACUGGACCCUUCGAGGGAGGCACAUCUCUCACAGUGAUGGGGUCCAACCUGGGUCACCGCUUUGAGGAUGUAGCUGACACCGUGACCGUGGCCAACCUGCCGUGCGUCCCUAAUCCGGCCUUGUAUCUUGUCUCUACUCGGAUUGUUUGCAAUGUGCCCCCGGGAAAGCCAGGGUUAUCCGGCCCUGUUGAGGUCACGGUUGGGGACCGCCUGCCUGGGAUUUCCACCAGCAACUUUACCUACCAGGACCCCACACUUCUUGACCUGCACCCCCACCUCGGCCCCAUUGCUGGAGGUACUCGGCUCACCAUCAUUGGAGAAGAGCUUCUGACGGGCAGUGACAUUGCCGCCUACGUUGGGGACCUGCCUUGCCUCUUCGAGGAACCUGUGAAGCUGCGGGCAAUCAUCUGCCGUACCAGUGCCAGCACCAGACCUCAGGAGGCAGACGUUAAGGUCCAGUACGGCACAGUUCAGCGCAAACUGCAGAAGUUCUUCCGCUAUGCGGCAAAUCCCCAGCUCACCAGGGCGUUCCCAGCCACUAGUUUUCAUGGGGGCGGACGGAUCAUCUACGUCGAGGGGACCGACUUGGACAUGGUGCAGCAGCCGCUCAUCAAAGCGGUUCUGGAGCCUGAGGAGGAAGCGGGGAGUGGCGCCGGCCGGAAGAAACGAGGCUGUGAUCUCUUGCCAGGCCCUCAGGCCUUGCUCAACCCAGCUUCCCCAAGCCGUUGUGUGGAGGUGGGAGACUUGCUGGAGUGCUGGGAACCCUGCUGUGCCAACUCGUCUACUCUGCUCCUCUGCCCAUCACCUUCAGUACCACCCAGUGCCCGCUUGCGCCAUGUCCGUUUUGAACUGGAUGGGCUCCAUGUCCUCUUCAGCAACGCCAGCGGAGGCCAAGACUUCACUUACAUGCCCAAUCCCCAGCUGCGCUGGCCAGGCCGGGACUCCAGCGGCCGCCCCUUCAGCCUGAAACCUGGCAACGUUUUGGACAUAGAGGGAGAAGGCCUCACCCUGGGCAUCAGCAAGGAAGAAGUGACGGUCAUCAUUGGGAACAGCAUCUGUACCGUGAAGACCCUCACCCUUACUCAUUUAUACUGUGAACCUCCCCUGCAGCCGCCACAACCGCUCAAUGCUUCUUCUGUGCUGCCGGAAUUCAUUGUGCAGAUGGGAAACUUGCGUCUGGAUCUUGGCCGAGUUCACUAUGACACGGAGCCCCCUUCCCGCUUUCCCCCCGAAGCCCAGAUUGGGUUGGGGGUGGGUGCGGCAGUGCUGGCUUUUGUGGUGCUGCUUCUCGUCCUGAUGUACAGGCGGAAGAGCAAGCAAGCCCUGAGAGAUUACAAGAAAGUCCUGGUGCAGCUCGAGAACCUGGAGAUCAGCGUGGGAGACCAGUGCCGCAAGGAGUUCACAGACCUAAUGACAGAAAUGACCGACCUGAGCGGAGAGCUAGAGGGUUCUGGGAUCCCGUUCCUGGACUAUAGCACCUACGCCCAGCGGGUCUUCUUCCCUGGUCAGGGCGGUGCCCUCUUACGGCGGGGGCUUGACCUACCCGAGGGUCGGCGUACCACAGUGGAGCAAGGCCUGACCCAGCUUUCCAAUCUGCUGAAUAGCAAAGUGUUCCUAUUAACGCUAAUCCGGACACUGGAGGCCCAGCCGACCUUCUCACAGCGGGAUCGCUGUCACACGGCAUCCCUGCUGUCUUUGGCGCUUCACGGGCGCCUGGAGUACCUGACGGACAUCAUGCAGACCCUGUUGAGUGACCUUGUCGCCCACUGCGUCACCCGCAACCCAAAGCUCAUGCUUCGCAGGACAGAGACGAUGGUGGAGAAGCUCCUGACCAACUGGAUGUCCAUCUGCCUGUACUCCUAUCUCAGGGAAGUAGCUGGUGAGCCGCUAUAUAUGCUGUUCCGUGCCAUCAAGUACCAGGUGGACAAAGGGCCAGUGGAUGCUGUGUCAGGCAAGGCCAAACGGACAUUGAAUGACAGCCGCCUGUUGCGGGAAGACGUGGAGUUCCGCCCCCUGACCUUGACAGUCUUAGUUCGUGGAGGUGGCCCUGGUGGCAGCGAGACACAGCGGAUCCCAGCCCGGGUUCUUGACACAGACACCAUCACCCAAGUGAAGGAGAAGAUUGUGGACCAGGUCUACAAGGGGGUGCCUUUCUCCCAGCGCCCCUCCGUGCACUCCCUCGACUUAGAAUGGCGAUCGGGAGUUGCUGGCCAUCUAACACUCUCUGACGAGGAUCUGACUUCCAUCACGCAAAAUCAGUGGAAGAAACUCAACACUUUGCAACAUUACAAGGUUCCAGACGGAGCCACAGUCAGCCUCAUCCCGCGCCUUCACAAUGACGUCUCCCAAGGCUCCGGCCAGAGUUAUUUCUCUGGAGAAAAUACCCCAAUGCUGGAAGAUGGAGAGGAGGGUGGAGUACGUCUCUGGCACCUGGUGAAGCCUUCUGAGGAGCCAGAGCCCGCAAAGCAGCAGCAAGAACGGCGCAGCAGCCUCCGAGAACGCGCAAAGGCCAUUCCGGAGAUCUACCUCACUCGGUUGCUCUCUAUGAAAGGGACGUUGCAGAAGUUCGUGGACGAUGCCUUCCAGGUUGUGCUGAGUGUGAACCGCCCUGUUCCCAUUGCUGUCAAGUACCUGUUUGAUUUGUUGGACGAGCUGGCAGCCCGGCAUGGGGUCACUGAACCUGAGACGCUGCAUAUUUGGAAGACCAACAGUUUGUUGCUGCGCUUCUGGGUGAAUACUCUCAAGAACCCACAGUUCAUUUUUGACGUGCGGGUCUCUGACAACGUGGAUGCCAACCUGAGCGUCAUUGCCCAGACUUUCAUCGACGCCUGCACAACCGCUGAGCACAAAGUCGGGAGGGACUCACCAGUUAACAAACUGCUCUAUGCCCGGGAAAUCCCACACUACAGACAGAUGGUAGAGAAGUAUUAUGCGGAUAUUCGACAGACUGUUCCUGCCAGCUACCAAGAAAUGAACUCUGCCCUGACAGAACUCUCAGGGAAAUAUUCUUCUGACCUCAAUUGCCUGGUUGCCCUGCAAGAACUUUACAACUACAUUAACAAGUACUAUGACCAGAUUAUCAGUGCGCUAGAUGAGGACCCGUUGGGCCAGAAGAUGCAGCUGGCCUAUCGUCUGCAACAGAUCGCAGCUUUGGUGGAGAACAAAGUGACUGACUUGUGACACACGCACCUGGAACCGCACCUUGCCCAAGGAGGCGGUGACUGAUCAAGGGGCCCAGGUGGACUCGGCUAGAAGGCUCCCUGUUGUCAGCCAGCAGAUGUGGUCCUUUGCCUUUGCCCCCCAGUGCCUUAACCACAUAGAUGAUGCUGGCCUCUUUCGAACUCGGUGCUCACUCACUCGUUCUCUUUUUAAACUAGCUGCAAAGGGAAUCCUCCCAGACCAAUACACUGGCUUUGUAAAUAGACCAAGGGUGUAUUUAUUUCUGUACCGCUCUCUGAGGAGGGUGUCGGCGGCUUUCUCCUUCCUGUGGGGGGACAGUGAGAGGAACAGCAGCUCUUUUUUUACCACUGUAGGGUCUAGGAGUUGGGGAUUUAACUGCCCCUCCCAUUUCCUAGACUCUCCUUUCCCCCCUCCUCAAUUUUCAGGCCAAUAAUGCACUAAUGUUGGGGUGGUGAUUCCCAUUUCCUCUGUACAACAGAGUCUAACCACUCCUUUUUAACGCUCCCUCUCAUCUCUUUUUAACUCCCCCUUCUCCAUUAUAUGUAUAUAUGGAGCUCUGUGCUCCUGGAUUGUAUUUAUUUUAACAAGAUUUUGGAGAAUUAAAAACAAAAACACUUUUCACAAAA